AUGACCAUGUCAUAUACAAGAUUCACCAACUGUCAUCUCAUCGAUAAUGGUGAGUUGUACGAAUUCACCGAUUUAUAUAUCGACAACAACACUAAAAAGAUAGCCAACAAACCAAGGGAUUUUGAUCAAAUCACAAGAACUAUUGACUUGCAUGAACAGAUUAUUGCUCCAGGUUUUAUUGAUAUCCAAAAUAAUGGUAUCUAUGGAUUAAAUUUUUCAAAUUUGAACGAAAACUCAACUAAAGACGAUAUCAGGGAUUUUCAGAGAUUUUACAGAGAUGCAAUGACAAAGUACUUGUCUACUGGUGUUACUUCACUUUGUCCAACUGUAACGUCCAACUUCCCUAGCGUUUACACAAAGGUCCUUCCGUUAUACAAAAAGUCAAGAUUGUCAAAUCAAACUGACUCCCUAGGGGCACAUCUUGAAGGCCCAUUUAUAAACUUGAAAAAGAAAGGGUGCCAUCCAUCGGAAACUUUUGUUGAUGCUAAGGGUGGUGAAAAUAAGCUACUACAAGUAUAUGGUGGUAAAGAUAAUCUUUUGGAAAAUGUUUGCAUAAUCACAGCAGCUCCUGAAAUCCCGGGUGUUUUGGAAUUGAUCCCUUACGUCAAACAACAAAACUGUGUUUUUUCAAUCGGCCAUACUAUGGCAGAUUAUCAAACCGGUGUCGAUGCUAUUGAAAACGGUUGCACAAUGAUUACCCACUUGUACAAUGCAAUGCCACAACCUCACCAUCGUGAUGCAGGUGUGGUCGGUUUGAUAAACACGCCCGCGGUUUCUCCAAACAAAAUUCCAUACUUUGGUCUUAUAUGUGAUGGCGUACAUAUUGAUCCAUCAAUGAUUAAUUUGGCUUACAAGUCAAAUCCAACUAAAUGUGUCUUGGUAACUGAUGCUAUGCACUUAAUAGGUUUACCAGAUGGAGAAUACAAGUGGGAUGACCAAGUUAUUGUCAAGACCGGUGAUAGAUUAUACUUGAAAAACACUGAUACUUUAGCCGGUGCCGCUACAACAUUACCACAAUGUAUUAGAAACUUGAUGAAAUGGGCCAACAUUGGAUUGCCAGAGGCUGUCAAAACAGCAACUAAUAAUGCUGCAUUAUCCAUUGGAGUUGAAAAUGAAAAAGGGUUCUUGAAUGUGGGAUGCGAUGCUGAUUUAGUUGUUUUGAACAAAGAAGGAUAUGUCACCAAGGUUUAUAAGUUGGGUAAUGAAAUUGCUUCGUCUGAUAUCCAAAAAUCAAGCCUCAACAGGGAAAGUAAAAUCAGCGCCAUGUUAUAG